UCGGCGGUGAGGGGCGGGCCCGUGCGCCGAGUCCACGCGGGCGCCGGUGCGGCGCAGCGCCGGGUCGCCAUGGCCGAGCUGCAGCAGCUCCGCGUGCAGGAGGCCGUGGACUCUAUGGUGAAGAAUCUGGAGAGGGAGAACAUCCGCAAGAUGCAGGGCCUGAUGUUCCAGUGCAGCGCCGGCUGCUGCGAGGACAGCCGGGCGUCCAUGCAGCAGGUGCACCAGUGCAUCGAGCGCUGCCAUAUGCCCCUGGCUCAAGCCCAAGCCCUGGUGACAAGCGAACUGGAGAAGUUCCAGGACCGCCUUGCCCGGUGCACCAUGCACUGCAACGACAAAGCCAAAGACUCCAUAGAUGCGGGGACUAAGGAGUCACAGGUGAAGCAGCAGCUGGACAGUUGUGUGACCAAGUGUGUGGAUGACCACAUGCACCUCAUCCCAACCAUGACCAAGAAGAUGAAGGAGGCACUCUCGAACAUGGGGAAGUAGAAGUGCCAGUGGCCACCGGGGCUGAGGGAAGGAAUCUGUUUAAAAAAGAACGGGAACUUAGUCCUUAUGUACGGUUUAUAAAGGAAAUCAAGGAAGUCAGCAGGUGUGAAGCAUGUCAUUUGCCUCCAGGCUCUAGAUCCUUUAUAUUCCAGUCCUUGGAACUGAAGUGAACAAAAAGGUGCUAAAACCCGGGUCAGACGGCACAGGAGAGUU